AUGGCAUCGCGAGUCAUUCUCUCACAAGCGCGCGCGGCGGGGGCGAAGCACGCGCCGCUCUCCGACAACCUCAUCGCGCAUCUCCUCAGGCCGCUGAAAAACCCGCCCGCCACACCAUCCCCUGCAGCCACCAACGUCGCAUCUGCCGCUUCAAAAUUUACGUCCGCCGCUGAUCCCUCCAGCUUUUCCUCCCCGCAACCACCGACCCCAACUCCCCCCGCGCUCCCCGCAACCUCCAGUGACCUCGAUCGCCCAUACCGCAGCCAGUUCAGUCGCAGGCCCGCAUCAUCCGCUAUCUCACCGGCCGUCGUUCCUCUGCUCCUGAACCUCCAACCUGCUCCGCAGCCCACCUUCGUGGGCUCAAUUCUCGACACGUGCGUGGCUCCUCCCGUCGAUGACGCUGUUCCCGUCGUCUCGUGGGCCAAUGUCUUGCCCGCGAGCGACGGAGUUGUUGCCCCGGGGGAACAGCUCCCGGCGGAAGCUACCGAUUCCGCCCCGCUUGUCCUCCCGCUCCCCGUGCUGUCAGCAGCCGCUGCUAGCCCCUCUGCUGGUCCCUACCGCCGCCGCCCCGUCUCCGCCGUGGAUUCUCCCGCUGCUACUAAGGCGGGGAGCGUGGCCGCGGCAGCACCGAGGGGCGUUCAGGCGAUCGUAGACGACAUUCUCAGCGGCCGCUUCAAGGACUCGCACCGGGAAUCAUGGCGCGCUGCCAAUGCUACCAAUGCUUCCGCUACCGCGCCCCGUUCCGCCGUUGAACCCGCCGCCGCGCCACCCGCCGCGACUGUUGCCGCUGUUACGGCAGCCCUUCGCGCACCCCCCUCUCCGAAACCGAACCCCGCCCCCUCUCCCACCGCGAAGUCCGCAUCCGCAGCGGCUGAGGCCGCCGACUUCCCCCCAUUGCCCAGCGGCGUCAUCCUCCCCGACGUAUUCCCCCUCAUGCCCUCCCCAAUCGCCUCUCCGAAAGCCGCGCCAUACCUUUCCGCCCUCACUGAUUGCGCGCACCCUCCGUCCGCCACCUCCUCCGCUCCCGCAGUCGCCGGUUUCACUAGCGCGUCAAAACAAGUGGCGUUCACCAUCGGUUCCCCCUUAGACGAGUUCUUCUCCCCCGAUGCCUCCCCGCCCGCCCAGCUCUCCGCUGUCUCUUACGCCUUGGAUCAGGGCGAUUCCCUCCCGAUGUUGUCUGCCACGUCAGCUUCUGCUGCCGCGGGUGCUGCGGCGGUGUACCACCAUCCGCAUUUCCUGGAGUCGCAGGACAACAGCAAGAGUCCAUCUGCGCGUCGCAGCAGCAAGGGCGGCAAGCAGGCCAAGGCUGGUGAGGCCAAGCCUGCUGCUCGCUCUGCUGACCGCAACGGGGGCAAGCGCAGCAAGGCAGGAGGUUCGGCUGAGGCUGAUGAUUGGGUGCGGCAGAAGCUGGAGCAGCCGCAGGCCUCCGUGGGCAAUGGCCGUGGCUUGGAUGCGAAGAGGGCUGGUGGGAAAACUGCCACAACAGUUGCUAUUGGUGCUGUGGCACCUGCUGGGCCUCGUGUGCCCGACGGCACCCGUGGGUUCACUUUUGGCCGCGGGAAGAGUCUCGUCCGCUGA